AUGGCUUUUGGUGAUUCAGGAGGACGCGGCGGGUUUGGUGGUGGACGCGGUGGAGGGCGCGGCGGCGGUCGUGGCGGAGGACGAGGAGGCUUCGGCGGCGGUGACCGUGGCGGUCGCGGAGGAGGUCGUGGCGGAUUUGGUGGGCGGGGCGGCGGUGUGCGCGGCGGAGGGGUCCAAUCUCGCGGACGGGGCGGAGGAGGCCGUGGAGCACCUCGCGGUCGCGGUGGACGGGGAGGCGCCCGUGGCGGCAAGUUCGGCGCCAAGGGUGGCUCGAACGUCAUCCUCGAGCCGCACAAGCACGCCGGCAUUUUCAUCGCAAAGGGCAAGGAGUCUUUGCUCGUCACCAAGAACAUCGCCCCCGGCGAGUCUGUCUACGGCGAGAAGCGCAUCUCGGUCGACGGUCAGGAGGAGGGCACAAAGGUCGAGUACCGUGUCUGGAAUCCUUUCCGCUCGAAGCUUGCGGCUGGUGUGCUUGGCGGUAUGGAGAACGUCUUCAUUGGCCCUGGCAAGAAGGUCCUUUACCUUGGUGCUGCAAGCGGUACUAGUGUCAGUCAUGUCGCUGACAUUGUUGGCCCUGAGGGCACCGUCUACGCCGUCGAGUUCUCACCUCGAUCAGGUCGCGACCUGAUUAACAUGGCAAAAAAGCGCACAAACGUCAUUCCCAUCAUUGAAGACGCGCGCCUACCUCAAAAAUACCGCAUGCUGCUCUCGACCGUCGACGUGAUUUUCGCUGACGUCGCACAGCCGGAUCAGGCGCGUAUCGUUGCCCUGAACGCACACAACUUCUUGAAAGUUGGUGGCCACGCCGUGAUCUCGAUCAAGGCGAACUGUAUCGACUCGACUAUGCCCGCGAACGUUGUCUUCCAGGGCGAGGUCCAGAAGUUGCGAGACGAGCACUUCAAGCCCCUGGAGCAGAUCACGCUCGAGCCAUACGAGCGUGACCACGCUAUGGUCACCGCGAUGUACAAGCGGUACGACUAG